GAACCGAGGUGAGGGUGAAUUUUCUACGCCAAAGGCGAAACUAACUUCAGUGAGGCACGAGUCUCUGAGGACUAAGUGCUUUCCCCAAAGAGGAUCGAUUCCCCCUUCAAGUUCACUCUUGUUGCGUUUUGUAGGAUGUUCUCCAUGAUCGUGGGAUUUUCCUCCGAUUAGUCGAGUUUAUCUUCCGAGAGUGGAAGAGACGGUCGAAUGCGUGUUCUCGCGAAAGUGACACAGUUUUUAAUUUUAAGUAGUCCCAACAGUUUUGCAGCGUUUGCGAAUACAUUCGUGCGAGGUUUUUUCGGUGGCGAGGUGUCCUCCGGGUUGCGCAAUGUACUUCGAAUCGAUAAGAACUACUCUAGUGUAAUUGGAGAAGCGUGAAAUGUUGAUUCGAGAUUCGGGACACCGGUGAGUGGUUUAGUGAAGGGUGCAAAAUUGGUCAUUAUUAAACCUCGGUGACGAGUUGUUGGCGAUCAUGAGACUUUGGAUAAUUCUGGGCGCACUUGCGGUAACGAUGCCCGCGUUACCGGCUGAAAUCACGAGGAAUAAGAACAGGGGAAGAGGAUCGAUGUGGUGGGGCAUCGCGAAAGCUGGGGAACCAAAUAAUCUGCUGCCAAUGUCACCAACCUCUCUGCAUAUUGAGCCUGCAGUUUACUCAACCCUCAGGAGAAAGCAGAGACGACUUGCAAGAGAAAAUCCGGGGAUUCUUAGUGCAGUUAAGAGGGGUGCUAAACAAGCCAUCGUCGAAUGCCAGCAUCAAUUUCGUAACCGACGGUGGAACUGCUCCACUAAGAACUUUCUUAGGGGGAAGAAUCUCUUCGGCAAAAUCGUUGAUCGAGGAUGUCGUGAGACGGCCUUCAUUUAUGCCAUCACUAGUGCUGCGGUAACUCACAGUAUCGCAAGAGCAUGUAGCGAGGGCAGCAUACAAUCCUGUUCUUGUGAUUACACUCACCAGUCGAGGGCUUCCUCCGCUAUUCGGGAUUGGGAAUGGGGAGGAUGUUCAGACAACAUUGGUUACGGAUUCAAGUUCUCCAGAGAAUUCGUCGACACCGGUGAACGGGGGCGAAAUCUCCGCGAGAAGAUGAAUCUGCACAACAAUGAAGCUGGAAGAGCGCAUGUCUCGGCCGGAAUGCAUCAAGAGUGUAAAUGUCACGGUAUGUCCGGUUCCUGUACAGUCAAAACCUGUUGGAUGAGGUUACCAAAUAUGAGACUAGUGGGUGAUAAUCUGAAAGAUCGUUUUGACGGUGCGUCAAGAGUUCUCGUCAGCAAUUCAGACCGACUUCGAGAUUCCAGUAAUGCCAUAAUGAGCAAUUCUGCGAGUAAUUCGGUUCACAACCGUAGGGAUGGUUUAGGAAGAAAGCAUCGCUAUAAUUUCCAGUUGAAACCGUACAAUCCCGAGCACAAACCGCCGGGACAAAAAGAUCUAGUUUACUUGGAACCUUCACCGCCCUUCUGUGAAAAAAAUACCAAACUUGGAAUUUUGGGUACUCACGGAAGACAGUGCAACGACACCAGCAUUGGUGUUGACGGUUGUGACUUGAUGUGUUGCGGAAGGGGGUACAAGUCUCAAGAAAUCAUUGUUAUAGGCAGAUGUAAUUGUGUAUUCCACUGGUGCUGUGAAGUUAAAUGUGACGUUUGUGCGAUCAAGAAAAUGAUACACACUUGUCUCUAGAAUCAUCCGAGUUAUUGAAGUCUUUUAAAAGUGUAUUCAGAGUUUAGGCUGCAGCUUUGCAGUGUACAGGCCAAGUUCGCAGUGUGCAUUUUGUCAAAUCAAAUGACCUUGUCCUUGAAUGUUAUGCUUAACUUGAAGAAAUUCUCAAAAAAAGAAAGAAUAAACCCAGUCAGAGAAAAAUUGGUGAAUUCAACCGGUACUUUCGGUAUUGAGGUUAAAUUUUCUUUUCCAUUUAAGUGAAAAGUGUAUGAAAAGUGUAGACUGCAAGUUUGCAGGGUACAGUCGUUUACUCAUAGGGAGUAGAGUUUCGGACGUCAACUCAGCCUCCAACAAUGCCCAGUAUUAUGCUAAAUAAAUAAUUAUUUAUUACGUACUAGUACUAGUACUAGUACUAGAACUAGUACUAAAGACUGAACGGCAAAGCGUAUUACAUAUAGUAUUAGGUCUAAUCGAAUCGUUUCGAAUACUAAAUAUUCAAGGCGUCUUUGUACAUAUCUAAUUAUUCCUAAAGAUGUAAAAUGCAAGGAUCUGCGGAAAGGGAGAAUGCAUUCAAAUUAAUUUAUUUAACGUAAUGGUGUACAUAAUGGCGUUAUAAUAUUAGGAGAGUGCUUGCUGACUAGGUAUGCUUCAUUGGUCACAAACGAAUUGUAAAUAUUAUUCAACAGUAAGUUAAAAAAAUAGCUUAUUUUUUUACGUGCGAUCAAAAAAAGUCAUUUUUCUCGAACAUCUGUGCAACGUAGCAUGUAUAAUGUAGAUAUAUUUUUAUCGAAGCCAAUACAUAUUGAAUUUGUUGAAAAGCAACGCUACCAGUGAACAUGUAAAAAUAGAAUUUUUUCAACGAAAACUAGUGAUUUUAAUAGUACUGUACAUAUAUAAGCAUUAAAUUGUCAAUUAUUUAUACGUACCUACCUGCAGAUA